GAGACAGAAGAAGAAGAACACUGCGCACGGGUGGUGGACUUCGCCGCUCUCCUCUUCCCCACUUCCCAUCUCCGUCUUUGUGAGAUUGAUUAGUUCAUCCGCCGGUGAUCAACAACCGAGACGCCGGAGGCCACGAUGCUGCCGUCGAUCUUCAGCCGGAAGGGCGCCUCGGGCUUCUCUUGGGCCUCCACCGCCGACCAGGUAACCCAAGGCCUCACCGCCAUCGUCACCGGUAACGCCCCUCCCCUCCCGCAUGCUUUCCUCUUCCCUUUGCUACCGUCCCUCAGUACGAUUCGGUUCGUUCGAACCUCAGGGGCGUCGAGUGGCAUCGGCGCCGAGACGGCGCGGGUCCUGGCGGCGCGCGGCGCCCACGUCGUCAUGGCCGCCAGGAACAUCGCCGCCGCCGACUCGGUGCGCCAGACCGUGCUGGCGGCUACCCCAGCAGCCACCCUCGACGUCAUGGAGCUCGACCUCUCCUCCAUGGCCUCUGUCCGCAAGUUCGCCGCCGACUUCAACGCCAAGGGCCUCCCGCUCAACAUCCUCGUGAAUAAUGCAGGAGUGUUGGCAACUUCUUUCACCCUCUCAAAGGAUGGCAUAGAGAUGCAGUUUGCAACUAACCAUGUUGGGCACUUUCUCUUGACACAUCUUCUACUGGAGACGAUGAAGAAGACCUCUCGUGAAUCAAACGUGGAAGGAAGAAUCGUCAAUGUUUCAUCAGUGGGCCACAAGUUUACAUACCAGGAAGGCAUCCGGUUUGACAAGAUAAAUAAUGAGGCUGAGUAUAGCGCCAGUGGAGCGUAUGGGCAGUCAAAGCUUGCAAACAUUUUGCAUGCUAAUGAACUUGCUAGAAGAUUUAAGGAAGAGGGUGUUAACAUCACUGCAAAUUCUCUCCAUCCUGGAUCUAUCAUCACGAACAUUCUGCGCAACCACAGUAUCAUAGAUUGGGUAACCACUCUUCUCGUCAAUUUAUCACAUGCAGUUCUCCAUGGGAGUCUUGGUAUGUUGCUGCUGAAAAAUGCUAAUCAGGGGGCAGCGACCACGUGCUAUGUCGCGCUGCACCCGGGCGCAAAGGGCCUGUCGGGGAAGUAUUUCAGUGACAGCAACGUGUACGAGGCGAACGAGAAGGCCAAGGAUGUGGAGCUGGCCAAGAAGCUCUGGGACUUCAGCAUCGAGCUCACCACCUGAAAACUGAAAAACGCUCCUCGCGUACUGAGGGAGAUGAGAUGGGAUGGUAGGAGGAACGCGGGUGUUAUAUUGCAAUGUACACAACCUGACUAAAACAUGAUCAGAAUCAUAGUGAAGCAGAAAAUUUGAUCUCUGAAUUGUUAAACAGGUGGAGGAAACACACGCGUGGUCUUCUGUGAAUUGUGCUGCAAUGCUACACCAAGAUGGUCUCCGAAUUUUAUAUUGUGAACCACAUCAGGUAGUUUGGUGUCUUGUUUGUAUGUACCAAGAUACUAUUAUGCACUUGACACUAGAUUUCGCUCUUAGCAUCUAGUGGUAAAGCCUUUCUGGUUUGCGCUGACUUCAUCCAGAGGGGUGACACUAGCUGUCUUUUAGACCUGAUGGGCCGCGUUUCUUAUGUGGUGUACAUUCUGGGAGAUGGGAUCAUGUGGUAUGCUGCCUGCCGAGACUAGUUUCAACCCGUGUUUGAUUUC